UUACACUACUCUCUCUCCCGUCCCCAGGGAGCAGGGUGUUUCAGUGGUUUCCUAGGCUCCAUUUUGCUGUUCUAUCUCCUCUCCUCCCGCAGAGUCAGCAACACUGUGACCGCCUACCAGCUGCUCCUCAACAGCUUGCACUUCCUGGCUUCCACCGACCUGACGGAGAAUGGAAUUACCCUCGCUGAAGACCCAGAUUCAGCAGCGCCCUCUCUCGCCGAGUUCCACAGUGCUUUCCAGGUUGAGUUUGUCGACCCCUCUGGACACCUCAACAUGUGCGCCGACAUGACCAGCUGCACCUACAAUCAGGAUCAGUACGAGGCGUCGCUGCAGUUUCGGGACGACCCCACUGUGGAUGGAUUCCACGCCCUACUCAUGACCGCCAAGCCCCAGAUUAGGACCAGUGACCAUGUCUUCCAUGAUCAGACUGUGUGAGCUGGUGAAACUGCAGUCCUGCUGUAAGAAGCUCGACCUCCUCAGUGAACUCAUGGACCACAGCGGAAACUACGUCCUCACUGCGCUCCCCUUUAUCCUCUCCUUCCUGCAACAAGUACUAGGCCAAAGGGUCCGCCUCCUCACCCACUCCCUGACCCCUGAGUGGUCGGUGAAGCUCUGAAGCACAAGGCCCAGCCACCCCUGUCCUUUGGCCUGCAGCUCAACCCAGAACAGGAUGCCUCUACUGGAGAGAGGACACCCCCAGCUGGCAGCUCCAUGCAGAUAUACCAGAAACCCGUGUGAGGUACAUUGUAAGGAUGCUGGAGGAAGUCCUCAAAGUAGGACAUGAGGUGUGCAGGAGGAGAGUCUGAAAGUGGGGCAGUCCUAUGAUGACCUGAGCAGGAAGCUGGAGGGGGUGACUCUGUCCAACACCUCAGUGCAGGGGUCCCACCCGGCCCUCCGCUACACCCAGGUGUUCCCCCCCCAGUGCCCCUGAAGCUGGAUUAUUCGUUCUUUGACAGAGAAAAGUUGUCCUGGUUGCUGGUGCCCCAGGAGGGCAAA